UCCUCAAAAUCCACUUCCACACGCCGAUCCAGAUCCAGACAAUCAAGGCCUCUUUCAAGGGCAACAUGAUCACCAGCAUAGUCGAAAGAACAUACUCAUACACAGACAUCAUCAACAUGGACGGAACACACAGUAUCCGGGAGGAACCGGACUCCCACACCAUAGAAGGGUUCCACCCUCUGUUUAGCUACACAAAAACCGUCUCCGGAAACGUUGAGUACCCUGCAACGCUCGAGAAAGACUCGUUUUUGGAGCUGCCACUAGAGUUCCAGUUCCCUGUCGAACGGCAGCUACUCCCCUCGUCGUGCACCGCUCACGGCGAACCUGGCGUGGGCAAGGGUUCUAUUUCGACGCAGUACAUGAUCGACGUCACCAUCGUCCGUCCCGACGCAGACCCCAUCACCGCCUCUUUGCCUAUCCGCUUCCAGGCCGACUCGGAUCCCACGUCCGGUCACGUGAGCAAAAUUUGCUCGGAAACUUCACACAUUUUCCCCGAGUGCGCCCGCAGAUUGGUUCAGUGCGGCGGCGCCGUGGUGCAGACUCCGUUUGUGACAAUGCCACGGUACUCGCUGAGGCUGCGCAGACUACUGCAUCUCCACAGGUGGAACCCGCAGCUGGCCGCAGACGUGCUACUUAGUGCGCGGCUGUCUACGGUGGCACAUCUGGGCUUUGACGCAAGCAUCCAGAGUCUUGGGGAGCUAGUCGUGUACACGCCACAGACCCACGAUUACACCAUUAACGGUCUCUCUACGGGUGUGGGCGAGUUCCGCGUCCUUAACGUCAAGGCUACCGUUCUUUCGCAAAUGCGACUCAGAAUCGGCGAGACCGUUGUUGAGAACGCAGGGACUCCCGUGGAGCUGUUUAAUGUUAGCUACAAACCGGAGACGGAGCCGCGUUUCGACGUGGCCGAGUUUGAAGAGCACAACGGCAUGCUUUUUGGCCGGCUGCCCAUGAGCAAGCUGCUGCCAGACGUCUCGUUGCUGGACGUGCUACGGGAACCGUUCAUGCCCAACAUUCAGAUCGGCAGCUGUUUCAAGAACACCACACGCUUAAUGUUUUCCCUGACGCUGUGCAACAACGGCAUUCUCAAGAAACGCAUCCACGAGCUCAAGUUCUACCACGAUAUUGUCUUGGGCCCUGUUGAGAAGCCAGCACCUGACUACAGCCUGAUAGAGCACACACCCGCUCCCGCAUAUACGCCGCCGCAGCAGACACACGAUUUGGUUCUGCUCACCGCUGAGGAGUCCAACUCGCUGGCUCCACCUGUAUACUGUAGAUAGAACGAUAAAUGUACUCCUUG